CCAUAUUCACACAUUCACACAUUUAGGAUGAAUCCUGAACAGAACAGUGUUAUUUUUUUGGACAAGUUCUGCGAAUAUAUUAGUUUUACAUGUGUUAUUUCUUUCCGUAUUUUUGCGUAAUAGAUAAAAAAGCAUCGUUCUAUAUAAAUGUAGGAUUGUUCUCAACCAUUGGCAUUUGAUAUCACAAUUAUCACACAGUAAGAUGAUACCAUUUGUGCUCGUAGUUUUUGCUUUGCUGCAACUAUCCUCGCAGCAGGAAGUUCCAGGCGUACUGCAGAAAAGAAACCAACCAGGAGCAAAACGCACAGCUUUAUCCAGCAACGAGGAGACAUGCGAGGGAACGCGGUAUUUUUCGACAUGUGGCAACUGUGAUGCUGUGAACGUGUGCUUAGGUGAAAACGUGGAUUGGCGUUUCUGUCGGCAGCUGAGCGCCGACAAGCCCUAUUGCAACAACGGAGAAUGCUCGGCUAUUCCCAGUUACAAUGGGCAAUGUCCUCCCAGCUUGUACUGUACUGGAUCUGGAUACUAUCCAGACCCCAACAGCUGCGACAUCUACCAUUUCUGCGAGGAAAAGUACACCACGUCAUCCGUGUACAAGUGUCCCAACAAUUACGUAUUCAACCCGGAAACAAAUUUUUGUAAACGGAAACAGCAAGAAAGCGACUGCAUGAAAGUGGAGUGCUCACCGGAAGUAAUAUUCUCCGCUUACGGAACCAGCAAACGAUUCUUCGGAUAUUGUAGAUACAGCUCUGGACCAUAUCCAUACGAUAAGGAGGUUCAUAGGUGUCCCGAAGGAACGGAAUUCAACGGGAAGAGUUGCGCUUUCCAGUGCCCUGCCGAAGGACGGUUCGCCGACACCUCGAAUGAGAGAGGCUACUACGAAUGCUACUACUCGGACAAUGAAAAAUUGGUGGCCGUCUUCCGAAUGUGUCCAGCCGACAAAGUAUACAGUACGAAAGUGUCCACGUGCAUUCAACAAGUUACAACUACACCCGUAACGACUGCUGGUUCAUGAUUUGGAUAAUGCUAUCAUUGAAUAUAAUAAAUGAUUCAAUUUUCAAUAUAACUGAA